AUGGACACACAAAUCGAUGAUGUUGUAACACUAAAGGAUAUUAAAGAGGCCCAUGAAAGAAUAAAGCAAUAUAUUCACGAAACACCAGUUUUAACCAAUUCAACUAUAAAUAAAUUAUCAGGAGAUAAAGAAAUAUUUUUUAAAUGCGAAAAUUUUCAAAAAGUUGGUGCAUUUAAAUUCCGUGGUGCAUGUAAUAGUGUCUUUAAAUUAAAUGAAGAGGAUAUGAAAAAAGGUGUUGUAACUCACUCAUCAGGUAAUCAUGGACAAGCAUUAUCUUUAGCAUCAAAAAUGAGAGGAGUACCAUGUUAUGUUGUUGUACCAGAGAAUGCACCAAUCGUCAAAUUGAAUGCAAUCAAAGGAUAUGAUGCAAAUGUUACAUUAUGCAAAGCAACUUUAGAAGCCAGAGAAACCAACACCAAUGCAUUAAUCGAAAAACAUGGAUGUAAGUUAAUUCACCCAUUUAAUAACUUGGAUGUUAUUGCAGGCCAAGGUACUGCUGCUUUAGAAUUGUUGGAACAGGUUAAAGAUUUAGAUGCAGUAAUUACACCAGUUGGUGGUGGUGGACUUUUAUCAGGCACCUUAAUUUCUGUAAAAUCAAUCAAUCCAAAUAUUAAAGUAUUUGCAGCCGAGCCUGAAGGUGCCGAUGAUGCAUUUAGAUCUUUAAAAGAAGGUUCCAUUCAAUCACACACCGAAGGUAAACCAAAUACCAUUGCCGAUGGUCUUUUAACAACCUUGGGUCCAUUAAAUUUCCCAAUCAUUCAAAAAUAUAUUGAUGGUAUUAUAACUGUUUCAGAUGAUGAAAUCAAAUCAAGUAUGAAAUUGGUUUGGGAAAGAAUGAAAAUUAUUAUUGAACCUUCAAGCGCUACAGUCCUUGCUGCAAUUAUUAAACAAAAUUCACUAGAUGAAGAAAAUAAACAAAUUAAAUCAAAUAUUAAAAGAAUUGGUGUUAUUAUUUCUGGUGGAAAUGUCGAUUUAAGCAAUAUAUCAAAAAUUUUAAAUAUAUAA